CGAAAAACCGACUUUGGAUAUCGUUGAGAUGGAUCCGUCGCUCCAGCGCACGUUCCGCGGCCACAAGUCGGGCGUCGCCGCCUUGGCGUACGGCCCGCAGGCGCGGCAGCUGGCCUCUGGCGCCAUGGACUGCUCCGUCAUGGUCUGGAACUUCAAGCCGCAGGUCCGCGCCUUCCGCUUCCUCGGCCACAAGGGCCCAGUCUUUGACGUGCAGUUUGCGCCGUCGGGCGAGCUCCUCGCGUCCGGGUCCCAAGACCGCACCGUGCGCCUAUGGACACCGACGGUCAAAGGCGAAUCGCACACGCUGAAAGGCCACGUUGGCGGCGUGCGCAGCGUCGCCUUCUCGUACGACUCGACCGAGCUCCUCACGGCGUCGGACGACAAGUCGAUCAAGAUGUGGUCGCUGCCGACGCGCCGCUUUGUGUGCUCGUGGAACGGCCACAGCAACUGGGUGCGCUCGGCACGCUUUAGCCCGGACGCGCGCCUUCUCAUCUCGGGCAGCGAUGACAAGACAGUCAAGCUCUGGGACAAGGCGACACGCAACUGCAUCACGACGUUCUAUGACCAUAGCGGCAUCAUUAACGCCGUUCGCUUCCACCCGGAUGGCACGACGGUCGGCGCCUGCAGCUACGACCAUAGCAUGAACCUCUGGGACAUUCGAUCCCAGAAGCUCAUUCAGCACUACCCCGCGCACGAAGGCAACGUGACGAGCUUGGACUUUCACCCGAACGGGUACUACUGUCUCUCGACGUCAGUCGACGGCACGAUCAAGCUCUGGGACAUUCGCGAAGGCCAUCUUCUCUACACGAUGCAUGGCCACACGGGCGCGGUGAACGCCGCUGCCUUCUCGCCCGACGGCAAGUGUACCGCGUCCGGCGGCGUCGACGCGCUCGUCAUGGUGUGGGACACGGACUUGGACAAGUGCCUGCAUGCGCACGAGCCGCAGUAUCCGCAGGCACUACCCAAGUCGCACGUCUUGCGUCAUGCGCCUCCAGACGUUCCUGCUACGGUCAAGGCGCCUCCUUAUUCGCCGCCACGCCACCCGCCCCCAUCACCGCCCCGCGUGACCAAGGCCCGACCGACCCCGACGUAUGUACCAGUGCCUGUCUCAAUCCAGAACAACGCGCACGAUCUCUGCAACCCGUCAGCGAUCCGGUACGACCCUGUACUCCGCGACAGCAGCAGCUACAUCCCCAAGGAGAGCAGCAGCCCAUACCACCAGCCCAAGACUCCUACCAGCAACAACCACCGCCACCAGCAUAGCCACCUCUAUGAUCAGAACGGGGUCGUUUAUGAGAUGCCGACGGCCAACGAGCGCAAGGACGAGAGUCGACAACUGGCGUCGUCCAAGCUUCCGACCGGCGACGCGCGGCUGCCCGAGAACCUCAGCGCGACGUUCGAUCACAUUGUCGGGCAGCUCGAGAUCAUUACGCGCACGCUGUCGAUCCUGGAAGAGCGUCUUUGCCACGCUGAAGACCGCAUCUCGGACGUGGCACGCGUCCAGACACAAAUGCUGCGACAGCAAAACAACGAGCGACUGAGCCCCUCGAAGCGCCUCGUCCACCCCCACGCGACCGAGUCAAGCCCGCACUAACAACCUACACCCCGCAUUCUAUCCUAUCCUGUGUAUUGGCGGAGCUACAUCGAUGUUGUGGGCGCGAUGCUCUUGGCCAGAUAGAUGCAUCGCGCCUUUGGUGGAACUGCAGAUGGGACAGCGUCGGCGGCUGUCGAGCAAGAAGCCACCACAGGGUGCGUCAGCAAUGGAAGGAGUAUAUCGAUAAGGUUCAAGUACAUAUUACCUUGUGUCGGCAGACUCAUUCCUGAACCAGUGAGAAUUAAUAUCUAAAUUGGAACAUGUACU